UUCUCGUGAAAUUUGACAAGUGCAAUUAUCGAGCGCAUCAUUUUUGUGGUCUGCGUUUUGUAUAUAGCUUCAUCAACUUGUUGUUGUGUGCGCCUGCUGCACUGUUGUUGUUUUUUUGGGUGCUAAUAUUUUGUAUGUAUGUGAAAAAAUUCUACAAAAAUUUUGUUGCGGAAAUUGAGUCUGUUUCUCUACUACUGUGCGCGCGUGUAUGUGUGUAAAAGAAAAGGUGAAUAGCAAAAGGCGCAGUUAGCUUUAGAAUAUUCACACACAUUCCGUAUGCAAGAAUUGUCGUUGUGACGUCGACGUCAACCGCGCUGUGCUUCUGCGUCCGGUUUAAAUUCAAUCAAGCGUUGAGCAAUAAAAAACAAAAGCAAUAGCUGUAUUUUUUUUAUUUUAUUUUUUUGGUUCUUUUCGGCAAAUUAAGUGUUGCGUGCAUUCCCACUGUGCGAUCGUGCUAGAGAGCUGAGAGUGCAUUCAACUCUCAACGCGCGCUCUCCCUUUCACACACACACACACACUCACAUGCUAGCCCUGGCCCUGGCCAGAAUAAGGCAAAAUGCAACAUUGAAUCAGCAAGAAACGCUAACGAAUCUCAGUUAACGCAAGCGAAAGGCUAGUUUAAUCAAAUUAAAAAAAAAAUAAAUAAAACUAAACCGCAAUGCUCGCCAAUGUGCCGUCAACGUCAACGUCAGGCGGCGGCGGCGGCAUCGACGGCGCUGCCUUGGACGAUGAGCGUACAAGGCUGUUGAGCAGCACGCCAACGCCGCCGCCGGCUGAAGUUACAGCGAUGCCAACGUCUACGACUACGUCAACGUCGACGCAUCCGUCCCGCCAACAGCAGCAACAGAAUAACCGCAAUAAUAAUCACAGCGCCAAUAACAACGACAACAAUGGCAAUAAUAAUUACAACAACAACGACAACAAUAGAAGAGACGACGACAUUGAUGAUUUGUCCGAGGAGACAACAACGGCCACAAUAACAACAACGGCCAAUGCGGUCAACGAUUCUAGCGAUCAAAAUGAUAAAUUUAACCGCCCGCCCACAAAUCAAAAGAAGCCAAAGCUCAGCAAGCUCGGCACCAAAAGUGUCGGUCUUAAACGCGUUUCGUUUGGCUCCUCAAAGGGUUCCAUGGUGGAGACUUUGGUGUUUGAGACACCCACGCCGCUCUCUGAGCAUGUGGAGCCUAGCUUUGGUUUUGAUGCGGCCGAUACUGGCGCAGCCGCUGGUCAGCUGCCGUCGCAGUCAGCAUUUAUAGGCACGCAUUUACCGUUAAUUAGCAACAGUUAUGUUGACAAUGCUAAGGCAAAUAUGGAUGAUAGCGGCAUAGAGGUGCAAGAAGAAUCGGAGCGCUCGAUAGUGCGCGUUUCAAUUUACCAAAGCAGUCAACCGCAACAGAUUUGUCCACCAGCCGAAUAUACAUUAACGAGUUUCACAGAUAACUUAGAUAAUACAUUUAGUAGCUACAAUUGUAACAUAGAUUAUAAUACAAUGGCGACGGCCACAAUGCAACCGAAUAUUGGUCUGGGAGCUGCCUACGAUAGACAGCAAAGCACCGAUUCCGGUUGGGAUAAUCCCUUUCGUCCAGGCGGCGAUCUGUCCAGAGAGGCUGAUGAAAUUGUUAAUAUGAUACGUGGUGGCAAGCCCAUUACGCCCACAGAAGAUCGUACAAUAGGCAAUGGCAACGCACAACAUGGCGAUGAGAAUAACUGCAAUGGAGCUAGCACUGUUGUAGGCGAGAGCGUAACCAAAACAAAUCUUUCGCAGAAUCAAGCGACAGCACAAAACGGUACAAAUUCCCACGGCAGCAAAGGAGCAACAGGCGGCGUUGCAACAUCAACAGCAGCUGGCGGCGGUGGCAAGGGAGGAGAGAGCAACAAUGGCGUUACUUCGCAAGCUCAAGUCUCAAAGCAAGUGGUACCUGGACCAACUUCGGCUAGUCAUGUGGUUAUCGACGAGAAGAAGAACAAGAAAAAGGGAUGUUGUGUGCUGCAAUAAUCAACAUACAACAACAACAGCAACAUCAACAAGGACGCGUUGAAGUCAAAGCAGAAAUGGAUUAGCGAGAGAACACCGAAUAGACAAACAAACAACAAACGACUAGAAUGUAGCGACUAUGCAAGAGAACAGAAGUAAGGAGGCGGAACAGAGGAGGGCCCCGCCCGGGCCGGAGCUAGUAGAGUGCGCGGCGGGUUGCAAAUUUUUUGGGGCUUAUCAUAUUUAAUGUUAAUGUUAAAAGCUAAUUUUUGGGGGUUAAGCGGUAGGACGAUGUGAAAAUCUGUAGGAGAAGAAGAAGAUGCUGUUGAUAUUUAGAAGCUGCUGCAUUAAACGCUUGCUUAUUAUACAUACAAAUACAAAAGAAAAUAAUCAAACGGACCCAAGCUCUCUGAACAGAACAGAACAGAACAGAACCAACAAUAGAAACAGUUACCGUAACAAUAACAUCAGCUGUUAUUGCUUAAAAGCUCCAUAGCUGUCGCUGUCUAACUCACAUGCAGCUUAUAAAUAUUACAAAAAACAAUUAAAACUAUAAUAUA